AGCGACACACACACACAGACACACACACACCACGGUGUGUCAAAGCCCACGUGUUUCCAGCCGGAGAGAGCGAGCGAGCCAGCGAGAGGCCGGGCAGACGCACGCACCGAGCCGGUGGAGGAGGUGGAGGAGGUGCUGGUGAUGAUGGUGGCUGAGGCGGGGGGGUCCCCGGCUCGCACAAGAGAAAGCUCCGGGCCGCAGGCGCUGGAGACUCCCGGGCCCAGCCCUCCCGGGGCGGCGGCGGCGGCAGCCCGGUGACAGCAGCCAGAGGUGCCCGGCGCGGGACCCGCCGCUUCCUGCAGCUGCAGCAACGCCCGAGCCGAGCGAGCCCCCCACGCAUCCCCGCGGAGGAAGAGGAGAGUCUCUUUGCUGCGGCAGAUGUGUGUGGGGUCACCACACAGCUGGGACUAUGGUGAAAUUUCCAGCGCUCACUCACUACUGGCCCCUUAUCCGGUUCCUGGUACCUCUGGGCAUCACCAAUAUAGCCAUCGACUUCGGGGAGCAGGCCUUGAACCGAGGCAUCGCCGCUGUAAAGGAGGAUGCAGUCGAAAUGCUGGCCAGCUAUGGACUGGCCUAUUCCCUGAUGAAAUUCUUCACAGGCCCCAUGAGUGACUUUAAAAAUGUGGGUCUGGUAUUUGUGAACAGCAAACGAGACAGGACCAAAGCUGUUCUGUGCAUGGUGGUGGCCGGUGCCAUAGCUGCUGUUUUUCACACUUUAAUAGCUUACAGUGACUUAGGCUACUACAUUAUUAAUAAACUGCACCAUGUGGAUGAAUCAGUGGGAAAUAAAACUCGAAGAGCUUUCCUUUAUCUUGCUGCCUUCCCUUUCAUGGAUGCCAUGGCAUGGACCCAUGCAGGCAUUCUCUUGAAACACAAAUACAGUUUUCUGGUGGGAUGUGCCUCAAUUUCAGAUGUCAUAGCUCAGGUUGUUUUUGUAGCCAUUUUGCUUCAUAGUCACCUGGAAUGCAGAGAGCCGCUUCUCAUUCCAAUCCUUUCUUUGUACAUGGGAGCACUUGUCCGCUGUACUACCCUCUGCCUGGGUUACUACAAGAACAUUCACGACAUAAUCCCAGAUAGCAGUGGACCUGAACUAGGGGGAGAUGCUACAAUAAGGAAGAUGCUGAGCUUCUGGUGGCCUUUGGCUUUAAUUCUGGCCACUCAGCGAAUCAGCAGGCCCAUCGUCAAUCUUUUUGUCUCGCGUGACCUUGGGGGCAGUUCUGCCGCCACUGAGGCAGUGGCAAUUCUGACAGCUACAUACCCUGUGGGUCACAUGCCAUAUGGCUGGCUGACUGAAAUUCGAGCCGUCUAUCCUGCUUUUGACAAGAAUAAUCCCAGCAAUAAACUGGUGAACACUAGCAACACAGUGACGGCAACACAUAUAAAGAAGUUCACCUUUGUCUGCAUGGCAUUGUCCUUGACGCUCUGUUUUGUGAUGUUUUGGACCCCCAACGUUUCAGAGAAGAUUUUGAUUGACAUCAUUGGAGUGGACUUUGCCUUUGCAGAACUCUGUGUUAUUCCUUUGCGCAUCUUCUCCUUCUUCCCAGUUCCAGUCACGGUCAGAGCACACUUGACUGGUUGGCUGAUGACACUGAAGAAGACAUUUGUACUGGCCCCCAGCUCCGUGCUGCGCAUCAUCGUCCUCAUCACUAGUCUUGUUGUCCUGCCUUAUAUGGGGGUUCACGGAGCUACCCUGGGAGUAGGGUCACUCCUAGCUGGUUUCGUGGGAGAAUCUACCAUGGUUGCAGUAGCAGCUUGCUAUGUCUAUAGAAAACAGAAAAAGAAGACCGAAAACGAGUCAGCCACAGAGGGUGAAGACUCUGCCAUGACUGACAUGCCUCCAACAGAAGAAAUUACAGACAUCGUAGAAAUGAGAGAAGAGAAUGAAUAAAGACAUGAGAUGAUGUGACUGAUCAUCACACCACAGACAGUUGGAAUAAUACUUCACCAUCUUUUCUUCUUUCAUCUUGGUUUUUUUUUUGUUUGUGUGUAUUUUUUUUUAAUGAAAGAGGCCUUGAUUUAAAAGGUUUCAGAUAAAUUCUCUAGCAUACUGGGUAUGCUCACAUUGAUGUGGGACCUAAAGAGAGGUCUUUUCUUUUUCCUUUUUUUAAAAUGGAAUUAGUUUUCCUGCACCAUUAAAAAAACUAAGAGACACGGCUGCAUCGUGGUAGAAGUUGUCUCGAUUGUUGAAGCCUUUGCUUCCAUUGGACAAUCUGCAUUUGUCAACCAAAGUACUGCUGUGUGUCUCUGUGCCAUUGGCUAUGUGGCCACCCGUGCCCUCUGGCCACAAACUCGACUCCAGUUUUUUUUUUCUUCCUCUUUUUUUUUUUUUUAGGAUCACAAGGUUGAAAAUACAGUAUCUAAGAGUUUUCUUUUACUUGCUUGACAAUAACUUGGCUGUACAAACAGAUAUAACCCUUGUGGCCUAAUAGAUUCCUCUUACCCGUGGAGUUAUAAACUGUCUACUAUUAAAAUACAGAGGGUUAAGAGGCUAACUUCAGGAAGAGUCAAAGUCUAUUCAAAGGAAGAGAAUUAUGAAUGGGCUUCAUUGAAAUAUGGAAAUAAUUUUUUAUGGUUGGAGACAUCAUGGGGGUAGCAAAAGUGAAUCAUAAUUCAACAAUUGUAUCUCAUUUUACACAGGAGGUUUGGGGAGGGUUGUGUUUUGUUUUGUCUCUUUAAUAUCCUAGUAUAUAUGUCAAUGGUUUUUAGUCCUCAUAUCACCAAAUUUCGUCUUUUGCAUGCUGUUACCUGCUUUUCAUUCUUCUAUCCUGAAGGUGGCGCUGCAGGUAGUUGAAUGGAGCAUUCUAACUGGUUUUGGUUUCAAGAGAAAAGAAAGCUUUAUCUAAGUCAUAAUCUAGCAAUCUUGUGCUAGAUUGGUGUAUUAAUAACUUUUUAGGCAUAGUUUAUUGUAUCAUUCUGCCAUUCUUAUAACUUUGUGGUACAUAUAACUCAUGGAAUGCACUAGGAUAUAGCCCUUUCAUGCCAUACAAUAAAAAAGAAGACACUUUAUAAAAUUACUAAAAAUCACUAUGUGAUCUUCCCUGAAAUUAGGCAUUUGGAAUCAAUUUAGUAAAGUAUAUUUUUCUAAGUUUCAAAAAAAUUUUUUUCUUUUUUGAAUUUUGGACAUAUUUAGUUUACUAAAUUCUUGGCUUAGUCAAAACACUUGAAAACUGACAAAACCUAAAUAAAAUAUUAUUUUAAAUAUAUAUAUACUGUAUAGGUUAUGUAAUUUAUUUUAAGCUACAAUACAUUUCCUAUUUUUGCAUUUUCAACAAGAUGUCUUUAAUACAAUAUGUUGGUUGCCUGUGUGCAAAUAUAAUUAGUUAAAACAUAUUGUAUCAGUGAACAUUGUGUCUUACUUGCAGUAGUUGUACUUGGUUCCCUACUUGUACAAAUGCAAUAAGAUUGAGUAAAUUUCAGGAGAGAUAUUUUUCAGUAUGGGUGAAUGGGGUCUAAUUGGUCAGCCUAAGCAGAAAACAUUGGCAACAAAAUGGUAAUACUAGAUGGGCAAGGAAUAAAAGCCCUCUGGAUUUUUUAUUUUGUUUUCGAUGUUGUACUCAGACUAUUCCUCAUAAUAAAGUAAGCUGAAUAAAGUCAACCUUGUACAGGAACAGUGUUGACAUUUAAAUUUCUGAUACACGAUAUCCCUUGGGCAUGCCUACAUUGUAUAGAGGCCUAUGUACUUCCUAGAGGCCUGACCUGUUGUCAUUUUUUUCUUCUUCCACAUAGUGAGAUGUACAGCUUUAUGACAACAGUAAGGGUGGAAUUAAGAAGUGGAGGAUGGGAGAGGGAGGUGAGUGGGGACAGAGAUCUUUUAUUUUUGUUUUAGGUACAUGGCUAGAAGUUUAAGUGGCAAUAUGUUUUAUUACUUGUGAGUGUUUGAUGCUUGUGGAAUUAGAGCUAGGUCUUUUUUUUAUUAUUAUUAAAAAAGCAAAUUUGUCCCUGAAAAUCAGGUACUUAAAGUUUCAUUAUCUUGAGUUGUGCAAAGCUGUUGAAUUGUUAAAGUUGAACUCCAGGAAGCCUCCUUCAAAUUUACCAUUCUUGUUGAAGUAACAAGGGAUACGAAAGAGAAGCAAUGUCAGCGAAUCCAGACUGGGAGAAAUGGUUCCGGCGCUUUCUCAGAAUGCCACAAAUCCUUCCCCAGGGAUGCAUCUUGAAGAAGACCUCCUUCCUGUAUGGCAGUCAAAGGAAUGGAUGUAACACAGAGACCUGAGUUCAAAGUUGAAGUCUGUGACAGAUCUCUUCUUCUAUUGUGAACAAAGACAUUUCAGAAAGAAAAAGAAUAUGAAAAGUGAGGGAUGGGGAUCAAGUAGGACUAGGGAUAGGCAACGUAGACAGCAACCAGGCACACUUUCAUUUUUUUAUAAAAUGCCCUUUUUGUGUCAGAAAAUCUUGCUCUCUGUGAAAUACAGGUAUUUAUCUUGUGUUAAAUCAAGCCACAUGUCCCCUCCCCCACCAAAAAAAAAUGUUCUUAAGCCUCUGGUGGAGAAGUAGCCCAUGUAAUUUUUCAGUUCUUGUUUAGGGCACCAAUGCCUUGUCUCAUUUGUAGGUGCAACAUGUUUGCACAGUCUUCCUCCCAAAUUGUUGAAAGAGUUGACGCCACUCCUUUGGUUCUGCUUACCACAGAAAUGUUGUCAGCGGUCAUACUUAAUGUGGAAGUCAAAAAGCUGAGAGAGAGAUUGAGCAGAUCAUCUCCCUAGCGAAAUGAGAGCAAGAACCAUGAAGACUGAUAGACUUGGCCAACUCUUUCCCUAUUGACUCAUUUGUUGUAGGCUCACUUCAACAUUUAAAAAAACCAAAACUGAACAACAUUUUCAUUUGAAAACUUAAACACAGCAUCUCUGACAGAUGAUAAUCCUGAGAUGGAGAAUUUUCCUAUUUCACAUUUCUUUUCUGGCUACUGGAGGAGGAAGUUAUUUUCAAUUCAGUUGCCUUCAGUGCUUUUUUAUUAAGCUGAUAAAAGGAAAUAAUCCUGCUUGAAGGAGUAACUUGUGUCUCCUGGCACACAAAUCUUGCUAUAGAAAGGAAAUGGACCUCUAUUAAGAUGUGGACAUGCCAGCCAAAUAUCUCAGGGACUGUUGAGAAAUUUGUUUAUUAGCAGGAAACCCGUGACUUCUUAAGAGUUUAUAAACUUGGGGAUGCAAAGUAACUUCUUUGCUUUGCUAUGGAUCAUUUUCCUAGCACUCCUCUUUGUUUUCUGGGCUUGAAUAUGAGGUAAUAGAAUGUACAGACAUAAUAAAAUGGUAUAGGUUAGUUCAUUUUUUCAAAAUUUAAUCCAACACCUUAUUAUUAUGCUAUGCAUUGAAAUGUCAUUGUAGAUCAGUAGUUUUCUAUGAGAAGUACCUGGGCACCAUGGCUAGAGGGCCAGCAUUGAAGACAGGAGAACCUGUGUAUGAUACAUGCUGGCUGUGUGUCCACAGACAAGUCACUUAACAGAGCCCACACACAGGUCAAAGACAGUUACAAAUGAGCUGCUGAUCGGCAUUAAGGGAGAAUUUUCACACUUGGAGUUCCCCAAAUGGAUGAAGUCACAGGUCUGGACCAAAAAAAAAUUCUCAUUUGUAUAGAAAGCAUAUCAUUUAUUUACAUUAUCACACCAGAUCUUCCAAAGGGAUUUGUGAAGUGGUAACUUAGGCAUCAUCCUCAUUUGAUGAGGAAGCUGAAUUUCGGCAGAGUUAAGUGGCUUGUCUGAAGUCAUACAACAAGUUAGAAGUGAAGAUAGGACCUAGACCUGGUAGGUAGUGUUCUUUUCACUCAAAAGCUGAGCACCACUGGGGCUUUGGCUAUAAACUCUUCUGCAUUGAAAACAGGAGCUGUGGCCUUGCAUUGGCCUUCUGACUCACACUUUGGCUUCCACAGUAGUUUGCCUGUAAACAGCAAUGAGAGGUAAUAUCAGUUCGCACUUAUUGUGAAUUCCUAAAAUACUGGGGAAGGAAAUCGCUUGUUUUAUGAUUACUUUUCCAAACUUUUUUCUUUUUAUUUCUUCUUUUCUCUAAACUGAAGACUGCUCUCGGUUUCUAAUUUAGUAGGCUUUUCUGCUGAGGGGAAGGUGAAAUUUGCAUGUCCAUUGAUUGUCUGAAAAUAUGUUCAUUUAAAAAAUCUAAAUAGCUCUCUGGAUCAGUCUUUUUUUCCUUACCAUUAAACUAAAGUAGUGGGAUGAGAAUAUAUUUAAAAAAACAAAAGGGCAAACUAUAUUUAUAUAAUUGUAAUUAAAGAAUAUUCAUUUUAGAAGUAUUUGUAUUAUAUUUUAAAACCUUUCCAUUUUAAAGAACAUUAAGCCAGUACCUGGGUUAAACUUUUUUGAUUAAUAUGAAAGCUAGCCAUGGGAUCUGGAACCUUCACCUGGGGGUGAGCUGGUCUCUGAGCUUGGAGUGGGAUGCAGCUUAUCAUAGGAUCAUAGAUUUCUAUAAGCCAGAAGAGGAAAUGGGUCUUGCCACGGCCUGUGGUUUCAAAGGCUAGCAUGGGUGUAUGUGUCUCUUGUCUGUGUAUAUGUGUCUGUGUGUUUAUCCACACUGGUACACCUUUCUUGAGGAGUAUAAUCAUGGCUUUAAAAGACAUACAAACUCUUAGGUAUGGUAAUACCUGCAAUGCACUUUCAGCUAGCUUCCUAAAAACUGAAAAUAACGACUACAUUCAGAAGUCAGUAAUUUUCACCGUUGCCCUCUUUCACACAUACACAAACACACAUGCAGCAAUCACAUUAGAAGCAUUUGGCUCUAGACCCUCCCUUUUAAAGGCAUGCUUCUCGUAAACGUGUUAACGAGGUUUUUUCUGUGUGUGGUUAUUUUGAAUCUCUAUUUCUGUAAUUUGAAGCAGCAAAAAUUUCAUGUGACAGAUCAGAUGAUCUAACAACUUAAAAAGCAAGAUGUAUAGCAAAUCUGGAGAAAAUAGUUCUUUAAAAAUAUAGUCAUUCCUUAUUCCCUGACUUUUUCUUCCAAGGGGGAAACAAAACAAAGGUUUACAAAUUAUUAGAAACAUCCAAAAUGUAAGUGAGAUGUUCAUUAUAUGUUUUCAAUACUAGCUUGUAAAAUAGCAAGGGCAUAAAAAAUUAGAGUUAAGCAUUUGAUUGAAAAGGAUACAGAGGGAAUGAUAUGACCUUAUUUUUCAAGUUAGGUUCAUUUUUCUUCUCUUAGGGAAGACCAGGCAAGCUGGGCCUGUUCUGCUGCUAUAUUCUUUCUCUAAGAACUUCUCUAACCAAAGGAAGAACUCUUGGAUCAGUUUAAAAAAAAAACAAAUAAAUAAACCUCUCUUUCCUAAGCCCCAGUGGUUCUGGGGAAACUAUAGCCAGUAACUUCAAUAAUAAUUUUCUUUUUAUAUUUUUUUCUGCAUCAUUUACAAUCAACCAGGCUCUACAAAGACCACAUAUAUGCAUUUUUCAAAAAUGCUUUCAGCAUUAGGUAGAGUCAACAAGUUUGUUUAAAUAUGAUCCCUGGUUUAAGCUUAGGUGAUGUAGUUAAAAGUGCACUUUGCUAAAAUGAGACUUGACCUCAGCCAGUGGUAGUAUGUGUAUUUCAAGGAAAACUAGAAACAGUCUUCUAUUUGAAUAAAAAGUGGUUUCUUAAUUUUUUUUUCCUCAAGAGAACCACUGCUUUCACAAGUGAAUCCACUGUUUACUCUUGCACUUCAUGGAAAAUUAUUUGGAAAGAAGAAUUUUUUUCUUAUGAAAAUUUUAGAGACAGAGGCUCCCUAACUGUGGUUCUGGGGGCUGAUAACAGUGCCUUGGGGAACAGAAAAUGGAAACCAUUUCUAUGGGAGGGCCAACUCCUGGAGCCUAAGAGUUCAUGUAGAGGAUAGGAAAUUUUAUUAUGAGCUGGUCACUGAAAGCAAUGUUGGAGCCUCAGUGGUGUACAGAUGUCAAUAACUGCACAUCCUAUAAAGUAAGUCAUGUGACCUUCAAAAAUGGCCUGCACAUAAAGGAGAAAUAACAAGCUCUCUACUGGUAUAUAUAUAUAUAUAUUUAUAUAUAUGUAUAUACACAUAUAUAUAUUGUUGUGGGGCUGUACGUGAAUGUUACUGGGUUUUCUUAACCACCAUCUAAUAUAAAUGAGACUAAUGUCUAAAAGUAGUAAGAAUGAAGAGUUGGAUAUAAAAAAGCUAGAAUGGAAUAAAUCCAUGAAGACAGGAGAAGGUUUUUCUAUGUACUGGGUGUCAGUUUCUUCCAAAUGAUGAAACAAUUAUUUUUAAGAAAAAUUUCCAAAGACUCAAGCGCCCACAGCUAGAGGGUUUGAGUCCCCACAGGAUUUGGAAUAUGCACAAGGAUAUUACAAUUGGGGAGCGAAGGGGAGGAAGAGUAUGGAAAAUGGGAAUUUUACCUCGUUCAUUUUAUAUCUGACAUUACAGGAGAUUCAGUUGUGCUGUGUGUUUAAAAAAAUUUUUUUAAGGUACAUUGGGCGUCAAUGUGUAUGUGUACUUUAGCUGUCAGUUUAUAUACUUGUUUCAUAUCAAAACUGGGUUUAAUAUAAACCAUUGAAAUCACUCACAUUAAAAUAUUUGUGCAGCCUUUGAUUUAAAAAAAAUGACUGCAGAGGUCAGUAUAAAGUAUGUAUUGCAUUAAUGAGUGCUGUUUAUGUAUUUAAUAUCAAGAGAUGUAAGUUUUUGCAUUGUUAAGAAAUUUAUCUAUGCUUUUUUUCCUUUUUUGGAUUUGUGCUCAGAUAUUGUCAAGUAGCUUUCAUAAUCUGAUUUACUUUAAGUAAAGCUCAACAAGUUUGCAUAUGAC